ACACAGGAAAAUACCAACUACAAUACUACAAUCAUGUCUCUACCAGCUGGUGCUAACAUCAAUGCCGAGGAUACUGAUAACUUCGAGGAUAUCGAGAAGCAAUUCGCCGUCAAAGUCGUGCGCCACGUAGAAACGUACUGGAGCAUCCUGGAGAAAGUCCCAGGAUCGAAAUUGCGCCUCACAAAAUUCGACGAUGAAAUCUACGAGCACUUCAAGAAGGACUUCCCAGAGUUUGAUCCGAAGGCUACCAUAAAUGAGGAUGAGAUGAAGAGCAAGGAGGGCAAGGAGCGCUGGCGCAAAUUCAUCACGGAAUAUGAGAAGAAGGUUGACGAUUACAACUUUGGCACUAUGCUGCGGAACAAUCCCAAAGAGGAGUACGAACAACACAACACCAUCUUCGCAGUCCGCAUGCAGUUCUACGCCAUAGAGAUUGUGAGGAAUCGUGAAGGAUUGAACGACUGGGUGUACGAAAGGGCGCAUCCCGAGUCCAAGUAAUUAGCUUGAGACAAUCGAGUUUCAUUCAUCAAUCACCCAACAGUUUCGAUUUGUUUGCGUCUAGCUACCCAGCAGCCAACCCUUUGCUAAGACAGCACUGAAUGCGGCAUGCUUGCUGAUGACUCGCGUUAGUCCAUUGAGCACAGCUUGUUUCACCGGAUCUGUGCAGCGCCGAACUGGGAGCAAUAAUCAGACCUUCGUCGUACGAGGUUCUAGGCACAGGAGGUCUCGGGGCAUCGAGGAGCAUCAGCUACAAUGCCGCAAGCAGGUCUACAUAUAAUCCCGCAGAGCAAAAGAGUGUAGCAGGGUGCGGCCUUUGAUAUAGGACUAGGUAGAUAUCAACGUCACAUCGGAUUAGAGAAUACCCCAAAAACUUGUUUUUAUG